CGAGCGAGCGCCGCUGCUGCCGCCGCCGCCACUGCCGCUGCUCGGCCCGGUCCCCGAGCGGCCCGGCCGGUCCGCGGGGCGCGGAGUGAGGCCUCCCCGCGGCCGGCCGCAUGAAGGACUGCGAGUACCAGCAGAUCAGCCCCGGGGCUGCCCCGCCACCCGCCUCCCCCGGGGCGCACCGCCCCGGCCCCGCCGCGCCCCUCGCCCCGGGCCCCGGGCCCGCGUCCGUCGCCCCCGCAGCGCCGCGCUGGAGCUGCAGCGGCAGCGGGAGCCUCGGCCGCCGCCCGCGGCGCAAGUGGGAGGUGUUCCCGGGCCGCAACCGCUUCUAUUGCGGCGGCCGCCUCAUGCUGGCCGGCCACGGCGGCGUCUUCGCGCUCACGCUGCUGCUCAUCCUCACCACCACCAUCCUCUUCUUCGUCUUCGACUGUCCCUUCCUGGCCUGCCAGCUGACCCUGGCCAUCCCCAUCAUCGCUGCCAUCCUCUUCUUCUUCGUCAUGAGCUGCCUGCUGCAGACAAGCUUCACCGACCCUGGCAUCCUUCCCCGGGCCACGGUCUGUGAAGCGGCCGCCCUGGAGAAGCAAAUCGACAACACAGGCAGCUCCACGUACCGGCCGCCCCCUCGGACACGAGAGGUGAUGAUCAAUGGACAGAUGGUGAAACUCAAGUACUGCUUCACCUGCAAGAUGUUCCGGCCACCCCGGACCUCCCACUGCAGCGUCUGCGACAAUUGCGUGGAGCGGUUUGACCAUCACUGCCCCUGGGUGGGCAACUGUGUGGGGAAACGGAAUUACCGCUUCUUCUACGCGUUCAUCCUUUCCCUCUCGUUCCUGACGGCCUUCAUCUUCGCCUGCGUGGUCACCCACCUGACGCUGCGCUCUCAGCGAAGCAACUUCCUCUCCACUUUGAAGGAGACACCAGCCAGCGUGCUGGAGCUGGUCAUUUGCUUCUUCUCCAUCUGGUCCAUCCUGGGCCUCUCAGGGUUUCACACAUACCUCGUCGCCUCCAACCUGACGACUAAUGAAGAUAUCAAAGGCUCGUGGUCCAGCAAGAGGGGCGGUGAGGCCUCUGUCAACCCCUACAGCCAUAAAAGUAUUAUCACCAACUGCUGUGCCGUGCUCUGUGGCCCCCUACCCCCCAGCCUAAUUGACCGGAGGGGAUUUGUGCAGCCGGACACCGUGUUGCCCUCGCCUGUCAGAAGUGAUGAGCCAGCCUGCAGAGCCAAGCCUGAUGCCCGCAUGGUAGGAGGCCACUCCUGAGAGGGGCUCGAUACUUGCCACGUGCUGGUCUGUCCACCCCUCUGCACUCACCCGCUCUCCACACCUGCCGGGACCCUUCCCAUUCCAUCUAAGAGAAGCAGAGCUGCCAGAGACUCAAGUCAUUUCGUAUUUAUUUCCUGCCCUGCGUGGCUUUCCUCCAACUGCCGUGGCUGUACCCUCUGCUCCCCAAGUCCAGGUUCCUGCUGCCGAGGGGACCAUGCCAAGUCCCUGCUUGUGUGAGUGAGGGUGCAGACUGAGCGCGAGGCCUCCCAGUGGGGGGCACUGCUUGGGCCUGUGGUGAUGCAGGACUGCAGGGCAGGAAGUCCCCUCCCCACCCCCCCCGGGAGCUGCUUUGGUUAGGGGCUCCUGCGCUCACUUCUCAUGGGUGCUCAUUUCUCCUGGUAGGUUGUUUAUUUCUCCUGGUAUGGAAUUGGCCAGUAGGAAUAGUGCUGGGGUUCAUUAGAGGGAACAGGGUUGGGGAAGGCCAGGAGACAGCAUGUGUCACAGAAAGCCCAGCCGGGCACCCAAAACUCCACUCUCUGUACACCCUCCCAUUCGAGGGGGGGACUUUCUUAAGGGACCCCAGCCAUUACCUCCUAACCCCAUACUUCCCACCUAAGUAAGGACUGGGGCAGGGUAGUUUAUAUUCUUACUGGCAAUACUUGAAGUGGGUUUACUAAUGCUGGGUAUUUUGCACAAUUUUAUAGAGCUUUUUUUCUACAUAGCAUUUUUUUAAAGUGGAAGGAUAAGACAGUUAUAUUGCUAUUGCUGUAGUGCCAGGCAAAGGCUUGUCGAAAGGCUGGCUGGUUGUCGUAAUUUAUUAUAGGAGACCUGGCUGUGAAAGAAGGGGCGUAUGUGUGGGUAUGUGUAUGUGCACAUGUGGUCACAUGUGCCGUUGUACAAGUGUGACUGGCUCCCAUAUUCCCUGGGCUGCCCCACCCCCUGAGCCAUGGAGACAGGGAGCAGCUGGUCCUAAGACAUCCCUGGGAUCGGGUGGCCCAGUGCCCAACUUCUUAUCUUUCCUUUCUCCAAGACAACAGUGGCUGCUGGGGGCUACCCGCGGCCCCCAGCCUCAAGUCAGGCUUCCAGCUGGGAUCUGCCCAGACAGGCGGGCAGGCGGGUGGGUGGUAGGGUGAUGGCUGCUGUCCUGUAAGCCACACGCCCUCCCCCAUGCUCUGUAGUCUGGGACCCAAUGCCAGAGACUGGAGGACAGGAUGUGUUUGUGCCAACUGGGGGGUCCAUCCGGAGGAAAAGACAAGAGGAGCAGCAGGGUGGGCCUAGAGGCGGGUGGGGAAGGGUCCAGGUCUAGGCCAGGAAUACAGGCCAUCCCUGUGCUGGGAGCUGUAGUUUCCCAUCCAGUAGGUAGAGAAUUGUACUGUAAGCACCUCCCUUCACCCUUCUGGGAGCCUGAAGCCUUGGAAAAUGACGUAGGAAGUCACUGCCUCUUGCCCUUUCUUGCUGGAGAAGCUUCCAAGUCACAGCUGGGCAGUGGCAGCUACAGAGGGGCCUGCUGUGGGAGAAGCAGCUUUGCCCCACCUCAGGGCCCUGGAAACAGGGAGGGAGCCAGCCAGAGGGAGGGGCUCCCAUGGGCCUCUUAGUUCAGCCAGUAUCCUUUGUUCCUGCUUGGAAUAAAACUUUGGUUUUGAAGAGUUGA